AACACAUCUUAUAUAAAGCUUUAAUAGGAAAAUAAAAGAUUUACAUGUCUCUAACAUAAUGAGCAACCACAACAAUAUCAAUACUCAACGGUCUUUGCGACUUGCCAACGAUGAUAGAGACUCAUUUUUGGACAUUAUAUCUCCACCAUCGCGCCUUUUUCCUCAUAUUCUGAAUGAGAGAGUUGGUAUUGAUCCAUGGUUGUGGUCACUUGAGGAUAGAAUCUUCACUUUACCUUCCUCCAUAAUAAGUUUUCCACAACCUCCAAUGCAUCUUGUGGUGUUGCAAAACAAUUUGGCAAACCACACAAAUUUGAGGUCAAGAGAAAUGGAUCGAUCACAAACACAAACACAACAACAAACACGUGAUUCAAACAAUCAAACAAAAGCUUUAGAGAAGCUAAGGAAAGAGAUUUACAAUCCUAUUCCAAAGAAGAUUAUACAAAGGUUGGGUAGGUUUUACUCACAAAAGGAUGGUGGAAAGACGAUAAAAGGAGUAUACAAAGAAGAUGAUGAUUAUGAUAAUAAAAGAUGUGUCAUAUGCUUAGAAGACUUCGAAGCAAAACAAGUGGUGAUGAUGACACCGUGUAAUCAUAUGUUCCAUGAGCAGUGCAUAUUGCCUUGGGUGAGAACCCAUGGUAGAUGUCCGGUUUGCAGGUUUUCUUUUUUGUAAAAGGACAAGAGAGUGAUUUGAAUAACCCUUAAUAAAAUUCUAAUUAUAGCAUUGUACCUUGAAACAUCUACACAAUUAUAAAAUUAUACUUCAACUUUUCUUUAUUUAAACCCAAAUAACAUUGUACUCUAAUUUUUUUUUUCUU